UCAUCACGUGCUUCCCAUCACGUGGCCCCUCAGGGAAAAGGGGUGAUUUUUGGUGUAAAUCUGGACUGUAAUUCUUUAAUAUAUCAUUGGACCUCGUAAACACGACACUUAAAGCUCUUGGCCUAUAAGUCAUUUAUCAAAUUAUGAGUUCAUUGUAUUAUGCGAAUGCACUGUUUUCCAAAUAUCAAGUGCCGAGUUCAGUCUUCUCUACUGGCGUAUAUCCCGAGCAAACUUCUUGCGCAUUUGCGACCAGUUCCCAGCGGGCCAGCGGUUACGGCUCGGCUUCUACCGGUGCACCGGUCUCCUCUUCUUCCUCCUCCUUGUCGACCAUGUAUACCAACGGUGUUUGUCUUUCCAGCCAGAGCCAAGGCAUGUACCCAACUACGUAUGAGCUGGGGGUCAUCUCUUUGAACAUGCACAGCUCUCUGUUUGAUCAACCGAGUCUGCCCAUGGUAUGCACCGACGAUCUCUCUAAAGCGCAAAUCAGUGGUAAGGCAGAACAGAGAGGCUUCCUUCAGAACAACGACGACAACCUCCGGAUCUAUCCGUGGAUGAGAAGUACAGGUGUGGACCGGAAGAGAGGUCGCCAGACAUAUUCGCGCUAUCAAACACUAGAGUUGGAGAAAGAGUUCCACUUCAACCGUUACCUUUCACGGCGACGGCGUAUCGAGAUUGCACACACUCUUUGCUUGACCGAACGCCAGAUCAAAAUCUGGUUUCAAAACAGAAGAAUGAAAUGGAAGAAAGAUAAUAAAUCGGCGGACACUUGCUCUCCUGCUGCUGACCAAAUCGCGGGUGACGAGGAAGAUAAUUAGCGAUGGAAAGCAAGAAAGAAUAUGAACAGAAAAAAUAGACUGUGCUAUAAAAUUGGAAGAGCAAUUUGACUUGCUUUAAUUCAUGACGAAAAAAGAUUCUACCUACUACUACUACUACUACUACUCAGUUACUGCAGACAGUGUCAAGAUCUCGGCUGCCACCGUAACUUGUGUUUGACUUGUAUUAAUGUUAGAGACUAUUAAAAUAUCUGAAAUAGAUAGAUAGAUAGAGAGAGAGAGAGAGAGAGAGAGAGAGAGAGAGAGAGAGAGAGAGAGAGAGAGAGAGAGAGAGAGAGAGAGAUCUCAAACUAUUGAAAAUUAAGUUUUACAUGCUCACUUAUUUGUGACCUAUUUUGUUCGGCCUAUUUACAGAAGGGAGAAAGCGGCUUUAAACAAGUUUUGUACAUAUAUAUAUUUAUGGUUUUGAUUUUGACACCGCUAUUCUGUAUUAUAGAAUGUUGUCCUGUUUCGCAGAAGUGUUUAAAUAA